UCAAAAUUUUAGUAGUUUGCGGUCGUUCGAUCUGGUUUGAUGCGGGGUUGUAAACUUUUGUGGACGCGCGGUACAGUAUAAAUCAUACGGGCGUCGAGUGGUUGAUUAAACGUCACAUAUCGCGCGAGCCUGCCGGGUUGUAAGCUGGUGUAAUAAGUCCCCGGUGUCGCCUUUCAGGCACGAGCGUGUCUGAAUUAUGGCAUCGUUCUAUUCGUCACGAUUGAGUGGCGAGUGAAUUUGCAUUACGAAGUAAUUUUGCAUUCGAUGCUGCCUCAAGUGCAAAGGCCACGUUAAUUAUCAUCGAGCUGCCAGUACCGUCCGAUCUGAUUCAGAAAACUCCUCCCUACCAGAGGUAUCUUGCAAUUAGCAUAACGCGUGGACAUCCGGGAAGUGUGACCCCGAAGACCCAGUGAUCGAAUCAGACGACCGAAUAUCUCUUUUCGAGUCCGAUCUUCUUUUUAUAUCAUGUGCGAACGAGGAAUCAAUAUGGAUCGAAUCUACAUAGACGAGGAGACUGGCGAGGAUCUGAUUUAUCCAUUCUAUGAUUAUGAUAUUUGUCAUUCGACCGACUCAACAAUGAUAAAUGAUGCGGAGACGGGAGAACCAGAAGUCCAUCUCGUGAAUCAUACAACGGUUAUGGGUCAUCUUAGGAAAGUGCCGUUUCAGAUACCGAAAGAAGUGAAGGAAAAGACCUUGAAAAAACGCUAUCAAAUGGAGUUGGAGCCAGUUCCAGCGGGUGCUUCUUUUGGUCAGAUAAAUCCUGUCUGUCUGUUUUUACCGGCAAUUAUUUACUUCCGCUGGUUUCUCGCUUUGUUGAUGAUUUUCGAGGUUAUUCUGCACGUAUGGGCACAUCACAAGAACAAGACUUUGAAAAAUACCAAUGUAUAUUUUCGUUCACCAUUCCACGAUAUUUCUGCAGAGUUUUGCGCUCUCUGCCAAAAUGAAACGUGCAUGAAUCGUGUUGGAAAGAUGCAUCAAAUUCGAAUGCAUAAAUUUCUGCGGCAAUGCAAUUAUAUGAAAAGAGUCGUGACAUGAUUUGAGCGAAGCAAGCAUAUCUAGCGAGUAAUUUAUCGGCAUCAUGGAAUUUUACAAUAAUGACGAUAAUCCAAUAUAUUUUAAUCGAUUAUUUUGAAAAAUAACUUUGAUAAGUUGUUUUGAAAAGUUGUUUUAUAUAAAAUAGCUAUUAUAUAUUUUAUAUACAAUAGUUAUAUAUUUAAAUGUUACAUGUGUUAUAUAUUAUAUUAUAUGGCUGUUAUAUUUGUAUCUUUUUUUUUAUAAGGAUUUGUCGACAAGCGACUAAUAUCUGUUUUCAUGUUUUAUACAAGAUAUAAAAAUAUUUAACAAAAUAUAUUGCAUAUGUUGCUAGAAGAAACCUGUAUAGUUUCUAGGAAUCGAAAAUGUAACGUACUAAAUGUGAAGGAAA